AUGGGCAAAGCUGCUAUAGCGCUGCUGCUAGCUGGGGGGCUGCUAGCGGCAUCUGAUUGGCGCACCGCACAAUUUGUACCUGGCGACAGCAGCACCGCAUGCAAGAUGAUGUCGAGGCGGCCAAGUGCGCAUUGCGUGCCGCUCGACCUUCGCCAGCCAAGUUAUGUCGGAACUCUGUCGUAUAUCUGGCGCCCGCUGGCACAGCAACGCUACUACGGCCAUGCACCUGUCGGCGGAAGCACUACUCUGCUCUACUUCCUCGAGCCGUCAUCCCAAAUAACUACAACUACUUGCUCAACUGCUCUACCGCUCCCGCUAUGUUCAUUCGGGCUCCAUGGCAAGACCAGUGGAUACAGCCCUUUUCAAAGUGACCGCAACCUCGCGCUACAGUGCAAUUUUGCGCGUCCCAUGCUCUUCCAUGCCUUGUUGUCCGUUACCGGCUACGACGUGCUCGGCAUUUGCACACUGGACCCUGCAUUCACAUGGUUGUACACCUACGCAUGUACACUUCUAUGUUCGAUGUGCAACACUGUUCCCAUUUUCCUGGAGAUCGCCAUCAAGCCUACCCCACGGUUCCGUCGUGAGCUAGACGUGCGGCUCUGCAAGAGCGAUCAGCGCAUUCUGACAGCCGGGGGCGCAUUUUUUUUAGAUGGGCAAGAUAGAGAUAGUAAAUUUGCACUCGUCCUUGUAGUCGGCUACAGCAGAGGCUCACUAGAGAACAGGGCAGCAAGUGAGCCGAAAGCCUAUCAACAAGCGCAAAGCACUCGAGUGAAAUAG